AUAUAAAAUCCCUCUUUAGGGCUAUCAUUUUUUCACACGCUCUCUCUCACUCGCUCACUCACUUCCUCACUCUGUCUCUGCCAUCGAUCGGGCAGAUAUUUUUCACUCUAUCGUCUCUUGGAAUUUCGUGUUCCUUUCAACAAAUUUACAGGAAAAAUGAGAGAAAUCCUUCACGUUCAGGGAGGGCAAUGCGGUAACCAAAUUGGUUCAAAGUUCUGGGAGGUCGUCUGUGAUGAACAUGGCAUAGAUCCAACUGGACGAUAUGUUGGAACAUCUGAUUUGCAAUUGGAGCGAGUCAAUGUGUACUACAACGAAGCAUCUUGUGGCAGAUUUGUGCCCCGUGCGGUGCUCAUGGAUCUGGAGCCUGGAACCAUGGACAGUGUCCGCACUGGUCCAUAUGGCCAGAUCUUCAGGCCAGAUAACUUUGUUUUUGGUCAGUCUGGUGCUGGAAACAACUGGGCCAAAGGACAUUACACAGAGGGUGCUGAACUGAUCGACUCAGUUCUUGAUGUAGUGCGAAAGGAGGCGGAGAACUGUGACUGCCUUCAAGGUUUCCAAGUUUGCCACUCGCUUGGUGGAGGAACUGGUUCUGGGAUGGGUACCUUGCUUAUCUCAAAGAUCAGGGAAGAAUACCCCGACAGGAUGAUGCUGACAUUCUCUGUGUUCCCUUCUCCUAAGGUUUCAGAUACAGUGGUCGAGCCAUACAAUGCCACACUUUCAGUGCAUCAACUUGUUGAGAAUGCAGAUGAGUGCAUGGUGCUUGACAAUGAGGCCUUAUAUGAUAUUUGUUUUAGGACACUCAAACUCACCACACCUAGCUUCGGUGAUUUAAACCACUUAAUUUCGGCAACCAUGAGUGGGGUUACAUGCUGCCUCCGUUUCCCUGGCCAACUCAACUCUGACCUGCGAAAGCUUGCUGUCAACUUGAUUCCAUUCCCCCGUUUGCACUUUUUCAUGGUGGGAUUUGCUCCCUUGACAUCCCGUGGUUCUCAGCAAUACCGUGCACUUACUGUUCCAGAGCUGACCCAACAAAUGUGGGAUGCCAAGAACAUGAUGUGUGCUGCUGACCCACGCCAUGGACGUUACCUCACUGCCUCGGCCAUGUUCAGGGGCAAAAUGAGCACCAAGGAAGUAGAUGAACAGAUGAUCAAUGUCCAAAAUAAGAACUCUUCUUACUUUGUUGAGUGGAUUCCAAACAAUGUGAAAUCAAGUGUUUGUGACAUCCCACCAAGAGGGCUAUCAAUGGCAUCAACCUUCAUUGGAAACUCAACUUCCAUCCAGGAAAUGUUCAGGAGAGUGAGUGAGCAGUUUACUGCCAUGUUCAGGAGGAAAGCUUUCUUGCAUUGGUAUACUGGUGAAGGUAUGGACGAAAUGGAGUUUACAGAGGCUGAGAGCAAUAUGAAUGAUCUCGUUUCUGAGUACCAGCAGUAUCAGGAUGCUACUGCUGAUGAUGAAGGUGAGUAUGAAGAUGAGGAAGAAGAGGGCAUGGAGCACAUUUGAGGAGACGGGCCAUUGCAACUCCCCUACGUGAUAUGUGUUUUGUCUGUUUCAUUUAGUAGAACUGGGAAUCCUUAUGUCAUGUGUUGUGUCGGUUAUAUUCUGCUGUUGGAGGUUGAAAACUUCUCAGUUUUCUGCACUCCCACUCAGUAGCAGCCACAAGAAAGUGGGGGAGACUCUGAUUACCAUUUCGUGCAUGGGGAGUUCUAGUUUCUGUUAUAUUUUUAAAAUUCGAGAGUUGUUAUUCAUAUUGCAUAACUUUGUAGUCAAAUUUGUGUUAUGCUAUAUUUUGUUAUGCUACUUAGUGUUCAUAAAUAUGCCAUAACCAUAUUGUGCUGUUGAAGCUUGUUAAUGUUGGAUUGUAGGAGCCCGUAUUUGCUGACA